GAAGCAGGGCUGUCCUGGAUACUUAAUAUAAAUAACAUAUAAAAAUUAAUUUUAAACAUAAUAUCUAAACCCAGCUGUCUUCAGUUUUCACAACAAUGAGUGCUCGAAGAGGGUUCGUUUUCAUAGCUUUACUAUGCAUUCUAGUACUGACUACAUCUGCGGGACGUGCUGAUCGGACCAAAAGAUCAUUCUUGAAUAUGUACAGUCAGAUAAGUCAUUUGUUUGAAAUGGGUUAUACGUUUGGGAAUUAUCUUCGAGACUAUGGAUGUUGGUGUGGAGUUGGAGGAAGCGGUACACCCCAAGACAACAUUGAUAGAUGUUGUAUGGUACAUGAUAGGUGUUAUGAUCAGAAUAGUGGGGAUGAAUGUAGUGGUAUCCAUCUAGACGAUUACAGCUACGAGUGGACCAGUGUGUCGAUCAGAUGUACAAAUAGUCCCGGAUCUUGCGAUUAUAAAAACUGCAACUGCGACAAGGAAUUCUUGGAAUGUUUGAGAAGUGCAGGUUUUCCACGGACUUUUUUACCUGGACUUCGAAACUUCAACAAAUGUUGAUCAAUAUGAACAAUCUGAUUCAUAGAAUUCUUUCUCAUAU